AUGGCGGAGGAAACGAAAAAGCCGGCGGCGGCCGUGGAGCUCGAACACCUAUGCGGGCUGACGAACCGGUUUCCGAACACCGUGGUGUUGCAUCCAGCCAGACGCGAUGUCUACAUCUACCCGGUGGGUUGUUGCGUGGUUAUGGAGGAUCUGCGGAACCCUCACAACCAGGACUUCCUCCGUGCCCACGACGCGGAGGUCUCCGCCAUCACCACGUCGCGCAACGGAAAAAUGAUCGCCUCUGGGCAGCGGGGGUCGGAGAGAAGAAAAGGGCAAAUCGCCCCCGUCAUUGUGUGGGACGAGGAACAGAGAACCAUCUACAAGGAUUUUGGUGGCUUCACCGGAUCCGUGAUCUGCUUAGCCUUCUCACCCGACGGACGGUUCCUCUGCGGCACCGGCGCAAAUGCGCGGAUCUUAAUCUGGGACGUCACAACGGGGGAAGUCGUGUAUAUGGUGCUUGUUGCGCAAUGAUGUACUCGUUGAUGAGUAUGGGGUUGUGUUUUCAAAAAGGUCCAGCUCGACUGCUAUAAUGCGCGGGAGUGAAGCUGAACCAUCGAUUCCUACAACUUUCACCUUCCCAGAUACGACCGCCAAACCGAGACGGUUUGCCACAUGGUAUGUUGGGGCGAAGUGGUUCCCCCAAAUGCCAAUAAUCGAUACCCAAGCUACCUUCUGUGCACCACGUACGAGUCCGAGGUCCUGAUGCACGAUUUGAUCUUCGACAUCCGAUCAAUGAGCUACUUGCUGGAAACGGCGAAGUUCCAGCUCCCACCCUCGGGGCUUCAUCGAAAACACACGUGCGGCCUCAUCCAGGGGGACCAGUUAAUCACCGGCACUGCGGCAGGCGACCUCUGCGUCUUCAACUUGACCAACAAGUGCGUUUUACUUUUCGAUCGAUAAUGAUGCAUUCUUUUCGUGCAGUUUUUCUUCGGUCCACUAAUUAGCGACCAGGACUCCAACCAAACAAAACCUAGGGUAUUCCGCUGCUCCUUGCCGAUCGUCAACGGUGGCGUAACUGGAAUGACCAUGCUGGACGAGACGACAAUCAUUCUCACUGGAGGAGACGGAAAAGUCAAGCGAGUCAAGGGCUCAGAUGUAAGUUUUGAAGUAGCACCUGCUUUACUAUGUUUUUCACUUCUGCAAAACAAAAACCAUCGCUUUUGAGAGAGAGAGUGCGAAGGUGAAGGUCAAUCGAGCCGUAUAAUCAAUUUCCAUGCCAAUGUCCUCUUUGUCGAAGAUGAUACACAGAGAAAAAAUAAAUUUGAAACCAGACUCAUUGGGACAUGACCGUCGAGAAUAUACUAGAAGCCCCCUGCGUGAGCGUCACUCUGAGUGCGGACGCGAAAGAGGUUUUGGUUAGCACCAAGAACGGCAAACUCUGGAGGUGUCUGACGAAGGAUUUGACCACAACGCUUCACUCCGCAGCGCACACAGUAUGAUUUUUUUCUUCGCCUCAGCAUCAGGAUUUGGAUUUGCGCAUGCCUCGUAGUUUUGCAUGAGCAUGACUCUCACAACUGCAGCCUCUAUCUAAUGUCUUCGAACCUCCACAACAAAAAUCGUUUGAAUAUCACAGUUUGACGCAGCAAUGGCAUGCUUUGGGGCAAAGGACAGCGAAGCUAUGGUCACCGUCAGCACCGCCGGGGAGAUGUUUCUUUGGGACCUUUCCGACUACUCGCAUUUGCAGAGCGUCAGAAUAAAGGUAUGAGCGCACUUUAAUACGCUACGUGUACGUAGUGCAACUGCUUUGUCGGGUAGUUUAUUUGAUCAUGUCGAGCAUCGUUUUUACCUACGAUUGCUUUGACAGCCCCGGGCGAGGCUAUGAGUAUGAACAUACCAACUCUACUACUCUACUACAGAGCCCGAUUCUCUGCGCCUGUGUCAGCGAGGUGGAGGACGAGAUUCUGGUCGGGUGCGAGGACAGCUUUAUGCGCGCUUUCCGGUUGUCUAGACGCGCGCAGAACAUCGCGCCGAGUUGGGAAAUCGCCAAUGCCCACCGGGGGAAGAUCACGGCAAUUAAGGAAUGGGCCCAGUUCAUCGUGACUGGCGGUGAAGACUGCUAUUGUCGCGUGUGGUAUCCAGGAAAAAACACCCAUCCAAUUUCCUAGUAAAUCAAAACAAAACAAAAAUGAGGAAUCAUCUGCCCUCCACCUGAAGCGCGCACGUGCGCAAAAUGCUUCGGUGGUGCCGGCGGGUGUUUCGCCCGGUUCUUCUUCUGUCACCAGCGGCGGCGAGCAUUUUGACUUGCGAGAGCCUUCUCCUUCUCGGAGUAACGUGCGCGAGCUUUUCCUCUCGGAGUAAAUGCGGGCUUACCUAGCACGAGCUUCUCCUCUCAGAGUAACUUGCGCGACUUCUUCAUCUCGGAGUACGGGUCGGCUCUGCGCGAGCUCCUCCUCUUGGAGUGACCUGUAAAAUCAACACGCGCUUCCUUCGCUUGGAAAUGCCGUUCAAGCUACGCGACGCGUUUUCUCUCCUCGGUCACACGUAGCGUAACGAAGCAAAGGGGACAGCUCCGCAUCAGUGGCGAUGCGCUCUAGCCUUUCGAUCGGCAGAUACAAUCCGCAAACUGGCGCGUUGCGUUGGGGUCGGAGCACUCGUCGCGGAUUGCCGGCGCGUUUCCAUCUCCGGUCCACGAGGAUGCCGCGCACACUAGCGGAGCGCCCUGUUGCUUGGGAGAUCAGGGACUCUUACCAUAUUUUCCUUCUUUGCUUCCUGUUUUUCAUGCAUUAAAAUUAAAUUUAAAAAUUCGUAUUUUCAUUUGCAUGUCUCUGAACCUGCUUGCUUCGCUUCUAGCUGUUCUGGUUGUGGAUAGCGGUGUCCGCAACAUAUUUUGCGAUCUCCUCUCAUUCUAAGUGCCCAAUACUCAAAUACUGAUCUCAGGCUCAUCAUCGUACUCGGACCGUCUGCGCUGGCUCCGGCCUCGUUUUACGUUUGUGACGCCUUUGCCUGCAGAGGGUGCUUCGUGUUGCAGCGGCUUGUCGGUGUGAUCAAAUCGGGCCUGGACACAGCUUCUCCUGCCUACGGCGCGGUGGUUCCUCGAGAUCUGUUGUGGUUGCAGUGAUCUACAGUGUGCGACAAGUGCCGGCCGCAGGAUGUCCAAGGGGAUUCGCCGGUCGUGGCCAUCAACUCCACGUCGCAGACGGCUGGAAUCUUUCGCUAUGCUAUUCCUUUAUAUCAAGGCUGAGGCAGGGCCAAAUGAGCCCUGGUCCGAUCGCCCCCAAAUGUGUGCGGCGCGGCCUCCCAAAUGCGAGAGGUCAGCCUUGAUAUAAAGAUGCCCGCUAUGUGGUCGGUACUUAUAUGCCUGCGCUCCAGACCUUCGCGGGUGCUCGUCGUCGUGCGGCUGCGAUCUGUUGCAGGGAGGCGGUUUCCGGACUAGCGGGUGUGAGUGUUCGGUGGUGUGGUCAACAUACUUCGCCAGUUUCCCCUCCAGCAAGACCGUUCUCGCCUCCAUCUCAGUGAGGUCGUGGAUAGGAUUUGGUGGGUGACUCCCGUUGCGUGAUAAUCCUGCCCUGUCUGAUUCCACGUCCCCGGCACACUCGGGUAGUAGGUCGGGUUGGUGGUUUGCCAUCGUCGUUCGCUUGGACCCUGGGGUUUCCUUCAAGGCGUUCGGCAGGUCUCGCGGCCUCGCGCUUCAAGGUGUGUUGCCCUGAGAUCGGGUGGUCUUCGGACUGCUGCGGAUCUUCACCUUGCUGCCCGUUGUGCUUCUUGACUGGUGGUUUUCCUCCUUCCUUGCUUUGCUCCUCCUGUUGUGCUUGGUCCCCAGAGUUCCAGGGCCUUGGUUCUCUGGGUUACCUGGGUCGAGUUGGUUGUGCGGUUCGAUUCUUCCUAUGCCCCUGCCCCUCUGGUCUGUGCCGCUGCAGCCGGAGGUGUGCGUUUUCAUUCGUCAGCCAGCCUCUUAGAGCUGAAGCUAUAUGACGUUUGCGUUGGGGAGAUUCUCAACGGUCCCUCAGGGCAUUGCCCCGUUGCUCGCUCUUGGUGGGAGGUGGUUGAGCUUGCUUCGGGAAGAGUAGCCGGAGUUGAAUUGGCUUUCAGCCUUUUCAUUUGUGAAUUCGAGGGCAGUGGUUGGCAGAGGUUGUGCGGGAUAUUCAGUUUUUGUUAUCCCGGGACAUUUGUGUUCCUUACCCACUUCCUCAUUUCCUGGUUGACCAGUUGGUAUGGUCGACUAUAGGUGCCACCCUCGUUUCUCACCUCCAGGGGCCCUGGGCUCACCUCACCAGUGAUGUUUCACUUGGUGGAAGUUGACAGGGUUCUACGAGCUAUUUUGGGUGUCUAUUGUCUAUUGUCCAUUUUUUGCAUGACAAAUAGUGGAAAUUAUGCACGUUUUGCAUGACAAAUUGGAUGGGGAUGGGUGUUUUUUCCUGGAUAUGUGGCACCGAAGAACCAGAGAACUACUGGCGCAGUACCACGUGUAUCAAAUGCAAAAAUGUCUGGGUCUGGAAGAAUGCGAACUUGUCAUGCUAAAUCUGAAGCAUGCAAAAAUCUGUGUUGCAUGAUUACCAAAAGUCGUCCAGUUCUGACAAAGUCGGGAGGCAGUUUCUCAUGCAGGAUAGGCAUGAGAAAGAUCGCACAGAAUCUGUCAUGCUAGGUCCUGCAUUCCAGACCGCAUGGGUCAUAGAAAAGCUGCAUGACACAUCGCGCAUUCUUCCAGACCCAGACAUUUUUACAUUUGAUAACGUGCACAGGAAACCCAUUACGGAUUUGCAACUCGACAUCGAGAGACCACACCUCUUCCACUCCGGCAGCGAGGACAGAUUCAUCGUACAGCUAGUUUUGUACCUGUGGUUUUGUCUUCGGUUUUGCCCGAGUUUCAUGUUUCCACCUACCACUUCGGGGAUGUUCCAGUGGCACGGCAUCAAGAAAUUAUAUCUACAACAUACUCAGGUCACGUACGACGUCAAACUCAACAAGUCUAUCGUGCAGCGAACAACGCCCAACAGCAACGUGACCGGACUGUCGCAGAGGAAAGACUGUGAACGCGAAGUCGUCAGCUGCGGUAGAAGGAAACUAAUCCCAUGAUGUUGUUGAUAGCAGAAGUUUAGUACAGUGCAGCGACUGCCUCUGCUUAUGCUAAUAUGUGUGCGUGGUCCUCCUUGCUCUUGGUAAAUGUCUUUGAAAAGAAACAAAUGCUCUCCUUUCGGCAGGUCUCGACGGACGCCUUCUUUUCUGGGACAUUGACGUGGCAGAUCCGGUGGGCUGCUUCCACGAGCGAAAUUGCAAAUACCUCUGCGUGGAAGUCUCGCCGAGCGGGCAGUAUGUCGCCGCCGGAAGUGAGGACGGGUUUCUCUUCGUUUUCGAUCUAGAAACCAGCGAAAAGAUUUCGCAGCUCGAGGGGCACUCCGGGCCGGUUACGUCCGUUGUCUGGUCACCCGACAUGCGACAAAUCGUCACGACCGGCGCUGACGCGAGCGUGUGUGUCUGGAACUUCUUCGAACUCUAAGUAACGGUAGUUCGCUGAAGAUUUCUCGACGAGUUCUUUUUCUAGACUAAAAACUGACGAGGCUAGGUCUUCGUGAAGAUCUUCUUCGAUUUUAGUAUACGCAAAUACGCAAAAGCUUACACUUUCCUAAGAAGCGCAAAGGCUAGUUUCAUAGAAAGGAAAGGAUGGAUGGAAUAAUCUACGCAAAAAUCAGACUCAUCGCAUGACCGAUGACAAAUGAACAGAUCUGGCCUGAAAAGCGCCAAGCAGUCUUUUUUUUGCACAUGGAAGAUAUUAUAUCAACAGUCAGACAAGAACAGAU